AGCCACUGGAUCAAUAUGAAAGUCCUGGUCCAGGAGCUGCACUCCAGAGGCCAUGAGAUCACGUUGUUGAGACCGUCAGACAGCUGGUACAUCGCGUCAGAGUCACCUUACUACAAAUCCAUCAAUAUCAACUCCUCCGCUGGGUUCGAUGAGGAAAAGUUUGGGGCAUUUGUAACCACGAUGGUCCGCAUGCGAAGGAACGGCGCUUCGCUGUGGGCUCGUUUAUCUCUGGAGUAUGAACUUGUAGAAUGGUUCUACCAAAUGUUUAAGCAAAGUCUCCAUCUAACUGAACAUAUGUUUGAGGAUAGGGAGCUGAUGCGGAGCCUUCGUGAUGCCAAAUAUGAUGUGGUUUUGACAGACCCUUUCCUAGGUGCAGGGGUGCUUCUGAGUCAUCGUUUGGGUCUUCCACUGGUCUUGAAUGUCAGGUGGACAAUCCAGGGUGAGGGCCAUUAUGCAAUUGCACCAUCACCAUUCUCCUAUGUUCCAGUGCCAGGAUCUGAGCUGACCGACAAGAUGACCUUUUCCCAGAGGGUCAAAAACAUCCUGUUCUAUGCCUUCAUGUGUUUUCAGAUUAGGUAUGUCACUGAUCCAAACUACAUCCCCUUUGUCCACAAGCACUUUGGAAAGCAUGUGCAUUACAUGGAGCUGUUCCAGGCAGCAGACAUCUGGCUGAUGAGGAACGACUUCAUCUUUGAGUUCCCACGACCCACAAUGCCAAACAUCAUCUACAUGUCAGGAUUCCAGUGCAAACCCUCCAAAUCCCUGUCCAAAGAGCUGGAGGACUUUGUCCAGAGCUCUGGUGAACACGGUGUCAUUAUGAUGUCUUUGGGAACCCUUGUGGAAGACCUUCCUGAGGACCUCAAUGAAGACAUUGCUGCUGCUUUUGCCCAACUCCCUCAGAAGGUCAUCUGGAGGCACAAAGGACAAAGACCAUCCACCCUGGGCAACAACACCUUAAUGCUGGACUGGCUGCCUCAAAAUGAUCUCCUGGGUCACCCAAAGACCAAAGUUUUUGUGUCCCAUGGAGGCACCAAUGGGCUCCAGGAGGCCAUCUACCAUGGCGUGCCCCUCGUUGGGCUACCGCUCAUGUUUGACCAACAGGAGAACUUCUCCAAGAUGAAAGCCAGAGGUGUGGCCAAAGUCCUGGACAUCGCUACUCUGAGCAAAGACAACUUCCUGGAGGCUCUGAAGGAGGUCCUCUAUGAACCGUCCUACAGGGAGAAGAUGAAGACAAUGUCCAACCUGCACAAAGAUCAGCCAAUAAAACCCCUAGACCGGGCCAUGUUCUGGAUUGAGUUUGUCAUGAGACACAAGGGGGCCAAGCAUCUAAAGACAGAGUCCUACAAGCUGUCCGCCAUCCAAUACCACUCCAUCGAUGUGAUGGCGUUUCUGAUGGCGGUUAAACUUCUAGUAUUGACUCUUUUUAUCACUGUGUUAAGGAUUCUGUGGCAGAUUGUGUUUUGUAGAACCAAAGUCAAAAAGGAGUGA